AUGGCCAGCGCAUCUAAGCGUAAGCGGACAGACAAGAAAGCUACAGUACUCGACUUUUCAAAGCCCUGGAAAUCGAGCGACAUUGUUUUCCUCGUAGAAAACAAAAGAUUCCACGUUCAUCGAAAUGUUCUCGCGCUGUGGUCUCCUGUUUUCGAGGCGAUGUUCACCUCGAAUUUCAGCGAGAAGAAAAAGGGUGAAAUUCGGCUACCUGGCAAAAAAGCAUCCAGCUUUAAAACUUUGCUGUUAAUGAUUUAUCCACCUUCAAAGCAGGAAAUAACACUCCACACCUGGAAGGAUAUCUUGGAACUCGCUCACGAGUAUCAAAUCGACUCGAUUCUUCGCAAGUGCGAAGAUUUCAUAGACGAUAUGAUGCCAUGUGAAGGAAUGGAUGUUGUGAGCACGCUUAUUCUGGCCCAGAAGUACAAUUUAGAAUUUUUAAAGAACAAGUGCAUUUCCUGUGCCAUCAAUUAUUUAUCUUUCAAGGAACUCAAAGAGCAUGAGUUAUUCGAUGAAAUCGAACCAGGCAAUUACAAUGAAAUGCUUGAAGGCAUCAUUUUCGCAAAGGAGGUUAAACAGCGCCGUGCAAAAGAGCGUGCGGAGGCCAUAAAGGUUUUCCAAAAAAGGGGAUUAAAGAAGGUUGACGACAUCGCUAAGCUUCUGCUGAAACAUGUGUCUUACAAAAGUUGUAUGGAGGGUCGAGAUAUCAAUGCUGUAGCGAAGGACGAUGCAGUUGAAGGAUUGGCAUUGACUCUGAAGUUAAAUGGCACACCUCAUAACUGUCCCGGUAUGGACAAUAUCGUCUGCCCAGAUAUGAGUGAUGUAUUGCAGCUUCUUAGACAGCUAAAGGGACUUCUAACGUCUGUUUUUCAUAAGUAG